GUUGUAUCAGGGAGUCUCUGCCCAGCAUCUCCCCCUCCUGAACGGAUGGUUUGUGAAAUCCCGUGCAGAAUGGAUUGUGUGGUGAGCGAGUGGACAGCGUGGUCAUCUUGCUCCCAGUCUUGUUCAAAUAAAAACUCAGAUGGGAAACAGACCAGGUCAAGGACUAUCCUGGCAUUAGCUGGAGAAGGUGGAAAACCAUGCCCGCCUAGUCAGGCCCUCCAUGAAUAUCGCUCAUGCAAUGACCAUUCCUGCAUGCAACUCCACUGGGAGACAUCGCCUUGGGGCCCCUGUUCUGAAGACACAUUGGUAACUGCCCUGAAUGCAACCAUUGGCUGGAAUGGAGAAGCUACUUGUGGUGUGGGCAUUCAGACACGGAAGGUCUUCUGUGUCAAAAGUCAUGUGGGACAAGUGAUGUCCAAAAGAUGUCCAGAUUCUACACGGCCGGAAACAGUACGUCCUUGUCUCCUCCCAUGCAAAAAAGAUUGUACUGUGACCUCUUUCAGUGAGUGGACACCAUGCCCAAGGCUGUGCCAGUCAGGAAAUGCCACAAUAAAACAAUCUCGAUACAGAAUUGUCAUCCAAGAAGCAGCCAACGGAGGCCAAGGAUGCCCAGAUACCUUAUUUGAAGAGCGAGAGUGUGAAGAUAUCUCAUUGUGCCCUAUGUAUCGGUGGAAGCCACAGAAAUGGAGCCCCUGUAUCUUAGUGCCGGAGGCUGUCAGGCAGGGAAUAAUGGGCACGGGUGAAGCCUGUGGAAAAGGGGUACAAACAAGAGCUGUUUCAUGUGUCUCUGAUGAUAACCAGUCAUCAGAGAUGACCGAAUGCCUCAAGCAGACAAAGAGCAUGCCUCCCCUCGUGCAAGAAUGCACUGUCCCAUGUCGAGAUGACUGCACCUUCACUGCUUGGUCCAAGUUUACGCCCUGUUCCACAAAUUGUGAAACAACCCGAAGUAGAAGGCGGCAGAUCACAGGGAAAAGCAGGAAGAAGGAGAAAUGCCAGGAUGCUGACCUGUACCCUUUAGUGGAAACGGAGCUAUGUCCUUGCGAUGUAUUUAUAUCUCAACCUUAUGGAAAUUGGUCAGAUUGCAUUCUUCCUGAAGGCAGAAGGGAGCCUCAACGAGGAUUGCGGGUACAAGGAGACAGCAAAGAAUGUGGAGAAGGUGUGCGAUUUCGAGCAAUAGCCUGUUCUGAUCAAAAUGGAAGACCUGUUGAGCCCUCCCGUUGCAGCAGCUCUGGUUUUAUUCAAGAAGAAUGUGUCAUCCCUUGCCCAUUUGAUUGCAAGUUGAGUGAUUGGUCUAGUUGGGGGUCUUGCAGUUCAUCUUGUGGCAUUGGAGUGAGACUUCGAUCCAAAUGGCUAAAAGAAAAACCUUACAAUGGAGGUCGCCCAUGUCCUAAACUGGAUCUCAAGAAUCAGGCUCAGGUGCACGAGGCAGUCCCGUGUUACAGUGAGUGUGAUCAGUAUUCCUGGGUUGUAGAACACUGGUCUCCAUGCAAAAUCCACAAUGAGCUGAGGUCCCUGCGCUGUGGAGGAGGAACACAGUCUAGGAAAAUCAGAUGUGUGAACACUGCUGAUAGUGAAGGUAGAACUGUGGAUAACAGUCUCUGCAACCAGGAAGAAAUGCCCCCAGAAACCCAGUCCUGCUCUCUUCUGUGUCCCAGUGAAUGUGUCAUGUCCGAGUGGGGACCUUGGAGCAAAUGCACACAGUCAUGUGAUCCCCACACAAUGCAGAGAAGAACCCGCCAUCUGCUGAGGCCCUCGCUGAGCUCAAGGACAUGUGCUGAAGACUCCCAGGUGCGGCCUUGCCUCCUCAAUGAAAAUUGCUUCCAGUUCCAGUACAAUCUCACAGAGUGGAGCACAUGCCAGCUGAGUGAAAAUGCGACCUGUGGGCAAGGUGUCAGGACCCGCCUUCUGAGCUGUGUGCGCAGUGACGGCAAGCCAGUCGGCAUGGACCAAUGUGAGGAGCGUCACUUGGAAAAACCCCAGAGAAUGAGCGUUCACUGCCUGGUGGAAUGUGUGGUCAACUGCCAGCUUUCAGGGUGGACAGCUUGGACAGAAUGUUCACAGACUUGUGGCCAUGGAGGUCGAAUGAGCCGGACUCGAUUUAUCGUGAUGCCAACCCAAGGAGAAGGACGGUCAUGCCCCACUGAGCUUACCCAGCAGAAAACCUGCCCAGUGACCCCCUGCUAUAGCUGGGUUCUUGGCAACUGGUCUGCAUGUAGAUUGGAGGGUGGAGACUGUGGGGAAGGAGUCCAGAGCCGCAGCCUUUUCUGUGUGGUCCACAACGGUUCAAUCUCUAACUCUGCUGUGCGUGUAGACGAUGCACUGUGUAAAGAAAUGCCCUUUCAAGAUGGCAUCCUGAAGCAGCUGUGCUCUGUGCCUUGCCCAGGAGACUGCCAUUUAACGGAAUGGUCAGAAUGGAGCACGUGUGAAUUAACCUGCAUCGAUGGAAGGAGCUUCGAGAUGAUGGGCCGCCAAUCUAGGUCAAGGACAUAUAUAAUUCAGUCUUUUGAGAACCAAGACAGCUGCCCCCAGCCUGUUCUAGAAACACGUCCUUGUACAGGAGGCAAAUGUUACCACUACACAUGGAAAGCAAGUCUUUGGAGCAAUAAUGAACGAACUGUAUGGUGCCAACGUUCAGAUGGUAUUAAUGUCACAGGAGGCUGCUCCCCUCAGGCACGUCCCGCUGCUAUUCGACAGUGUAAUCCAGCCUGCAGAAAACCUUUCUCCUACUGUACACAGGGCGGAGUCUGUGGUUGUGAGAAGGGUUAUACCGAGAUAAUGAGAUCAAAUGGUUUUCUGGAUUAUUGCAUGAAAGUACCUGGAUCAGAGGAUAAAAAAGCUCAUGUGAAAAACCUUCCUGGGAAAAAUAGACCUGUGAAUUCAAAAAUACAUGAUAUAUUUAAAGGAUGGUACCUUCAACCCCUUGAUCCAGAUGGCCGAGUAAAAAUUUGGGUUUAUGGCGUUUCAGGUGGUGGUUUUCUUAUCAUGAUUUUCCUAGUCUUCACUUCCUACCUUGUUUGCAAGAAGCCAAAACCACAUCAAAGCACACCUCCCCAACAGAAGCCUCUGACCUUAGCCUACGAUGGAGACUUAGACAUGUAACGUGAAAAAGAAAUCCAAAUGUAGACAUCAACUGCCUUAACCGCUUUCUCUUUUGUAGCUCUCAGACUUCUCAGUUUUUUGAGGAAUCUCAUGGUGUGAUAUAUUAGGCAGAAUACAAAUAUUGCAAAAGUAUAAUGCCUCAACUUCAUUUGGACAUGGAGUCAAGGAUUAUUUGGUCUGCCAUUUUGCUUUCUAGUUGUUUGAGGGUGUGAGUGUUUAAUUUUUUGAUUUUCCCAAGGGACCUGAAAACCCUUCUCUUCCUGUUUGGAAAUGGGAGGAAGAAAACAUGAUGGAAUUCCCACAGACUUGAGUAAACUUUAUCUUCAGCAGCAUGAUGACAAUCGGGAGGAAAGUUCAAUCAAGGCAUUUACUGUAAAUGAUGAGUCUGACACUGCAUUGUUAUGCACUAUAUUAGUGCAAAUCUUUAUUCUUCCCAUACUUCAACACUGAGUUUUCUAGAGUUUACAUUAGUUCAAAGACUUUCAAAUUGGAUUGACUAUUUUCAUGAACACAGAGAGAAUGGGUUACCAUUUCAGAAAUUCUCUGAGUUUUUACCUUUAAAUAUUGUAUUUUGUUUUGUAGCCAGGGGAUGAUGGCACUUCAUGGAUUGCAUUGAUAGGGAAAAAAAUGGAGUAUGCAUAAUUGCUGGGCUAGAUGAAAGCUAGGUGGUUUGUGAAUGAAAUGUGUACUGAAUGGUAGGGUGUACAAAUGAAAUAGGUGGUUCUAUUGGAGAAUGAGGUAGAUUAUUUGAUUACUAAUACUGCAUUUUAACAAAAACUUAGCAAUCUAGAUAUAGAAUUAAUCACACACAGUUGUAAUUUGGUUUAAUGAUGACAAACUCUGCUUUUGUAAUUUCAAUUUUCUUAUCUGAAUAUUUAUAAAUUCUUUUUUUGAAUUUAAUUAUCUGACCUCAUUUAAUAUACAUCAAAUGCUGGUACUGUUUGUAGCAAGUUUUGCUUUUAUAAGGUUUCAAUAAUAUCUGAAACAACAUAUUAAAAAGAUAAUUAUUUGUAAUCGUAGAUGUUGAAAGUAAGAAG